CCGGCCAAGUGAAAUCUUGAUGUCACACAGUUUUUGAAAUCAUCAUUUUUUCAUUUCUUCCCUUUUCGUUCGUUGAUUUGCCUCCGUCACUUCAAAUCAAUCGGUAAACUAAAAAAGAAUAUUGUAGAACGAUUAAAAGCACCAAACUCAUUUCGUCAUGAAGUAUCUAUUCCGGGCUACCAUCAUAUUCGUCGCAACAAAAAAUGUAUCUGCUUACAUUGAAGAGAGUACGGCGGGAAGAAAAUCACAACCAUUCGCAACAACUGACUGGUCGCCGCAAUCAUUCACUCCAAAGAUUCGUAUUCGUCCUUUAGGAGAACCAGAGAUCGAAGAAGAGAAAAUCAACGUAGAUCGCAAUGCAGAUGGGAUUAUUCGAAGAGAGUACGGUGCCUGGACAAAACGCUAUGGAAAGGUCAGGGAUGAAAAAAGGUUUCAAAUAUUCAAGAAAAAUUUUGUUACUCAAAUGGAAAUGAAUAGAAAGAAUGGAAAAUUCUACCUUUUGAAUGAGUUCGGAGACUUGACAAAAGAAGAGUAUAUUUCUGUUCUACAGAAGGGACCGAAUGAGAGGGGAAAAAAUGAGGUCGACUACAAUGGAUCCUCUUCGACACUUCCUCCGGCUCCAAUCCCGCGACUUGAAGAUUUGACAAAGGAGUUACUCGAUUCUGUAAUGGAAUCUUCUCGAAAAUUUGUAGCGGAAGAACGAAAUGAAAUUAAGGAUCGAAAAGAAAUUCUGGAAAUGGGGACAAUAAACUCCAGACUACCAAGCUUCCAUUCUACUAUGGCAGCUGAACGAAAGGAAAAGACGGAAUCCAAAAAAAAGAAUGUUAGACUACCAAGCUUUCAUUCUUCAAUAACAGGAGAGCGGAAAGAAAGCACGGAAACAAAGCGAAAGAAUAUCAGACUUCCAAACUACCACUUUUCUUCGACGGUAGGAAAGAAAGAAAGCACGGAAACGAAAAAUGCGAAUGGAAGAGCACCGGGCCUCCAUUUUUCGAUAGGAGGAAAGCAAUACAAUGUCAUCACAGAGGAAUUUUCCAACACAGAGGUCUUCGAAGCCACUCCAAUUUUCACAUCUUAUUCCGAUGUCCUGAAUGCUCCUAUGAAACCUCUAGACAAUUUGACUCGCUAUCCAACUCUCAUGUGCGCAGCAUUGACCUCUGCAUCAGAGACUUUCAAAGGUCAUUUGAUCGAUGAAAAAGAGACUAGUUUCGAGGACAAUCUAAACUGGGAGGAACACGCAUAUGCAAUGGAUUUUGGAGGUAGUAACGAAUAUUCCAAUUGCGAUAACUACAAUGGUUUCGCAUCGGAUUCUGAAGCGGAAUCAGAGGUUUACGGCGGAGACGGUGAAUUUUCUGGAUGGUACUACUAGUAGUGACGCUGAAUAUUUGCAUUUAGCAACUAGAAGUAGCAACAUUACGUACAUCACUACGAAUUUUCAAUAUUACUUUAUAUCACAGAGUCUGAGUGAAUCAGUGGGGAGGUCCUAAUUCCACACCAUUGUCUUUGAUAUUAUCUAACUUGUACCAAGCCACUAAUAAUAGUUUAUUGUUUGA